UUUCUCCCCCUGCCGCGUGUAACCAGAUCCCCUGUCCCUCUCUCAUCUUCCCCCAACGUCACACAUCAUUCACAUUCACAUUCACCACCCCCCAUUCAUUCAAAUCAUCUUUCUUCACACACACUUAAACACACACAGAGAAACACCGCAAUGGCGGGUAAUGACUGGAUAAACAGUUACUUGGAAGCAAUUCUGGAUGUGGGUCCUGGACUUGACGAUGCAAAAUCAUCUUUGCUUCUUCGUGAAAGAGGGAGGUUUAGUCCUACUCGUUAUUUUGUUGAUAAUGUUAUUGGUUUUGAUGAAACUGAUCUUCAUCGUUCUUGGGUCAAGGCACAAGCAACAAGGAGCCCUCAAGAGAGAAAUACUAGGCUUGAGAACAUGUGUUGGAGGAUUUGGAAUUUGGCCAGACAGAAAAAACAGCUUGAGGGUGAGGAAGCACAAAGAUUGACCAAACGUCGCCUUGAGCGCGAACGGGGUCGGAGGGAAGCUGUGGCUGAUAUGUCAGAAGAUCUAUCAGAGGGGGAGAAAGGAGACACUGUCAGUGAUGUAAGUGCUCACGGUGAUGGUCACAAAGGUCGUUUGCCCAGAGUUAGCUCAGCGGAUGCAAUGGAGGCUUGGGCUAAUCAACAGAAGGGGAAAAAACUGUACCUUGUACUGAUAAGUCUUCACGGUUUAAUACGUGGUGAAAAUAUGGAGCUGGGUCGUGAUUCUGAUACCGGUGGUCAGGUUAAGUAUGUUGUGGAACUUGCCAGGGCUUUAGCUUCGAUGCCAGGUGUCUAUCGAGUCGAUUUAUUUACUAGACAAGUAGCAUCUCCAGAAGUAGACUGGAGUUAUGGUGAACCAACAGAGAUGCUCUCUCCACAUAAUUCUGAUGGUUUGUCAGAUGAAAUGGGAGAGAGUAGUGGUGCAUAUAUCAUCCGUAUUCCAUUUGGUCCAAAAGAUAAAUAUAUCCCCAAAGAGUCCCUAUGGCCUCAUAUACCUGAAUUUGUUGAUGGUGCACUUGGUCAUAUAAUCCAGAUGUCCAAAGUUUUGGGUGAGCAAGUUGGUGGUGGGCGACCUGUUUGGCCCGUGGCUAUCCAUGGUCAUUAUGCAGAUGCUGGUGACUCUGCUGCUCUUCUUUCCGGUGCUCUAAAUGUACCUAUGCUCUUCACUGGUCACUCUCUUGGGCGAGAUAAAUUGGAACAACUAUUAAGACAAGGGAGAUUAUCUAAAGAUGAAAUAAAUGAUACAUAUAAAAUAAUGCGUAGGAUAGAGGCUGAGGAGCUGACUCUUGAUGCCUCUGAGGUAGUCAUAACCAGUACCAGACAAGAAAUAGAGGAACAGUGGCGCUUAUAUAACGGUUUUGACCCGGUUCUAGAACGUAAACUUCGAGCUAGGAUCAGGCGCAACGUGAGCUGUUAUGGAAGGUUCAUGCCUCGCAUGGUUGUAAUUCCUCCCGGAAUGGAGUUUAAUCAUAUUAUUCCACAUGAUGGUGAUAUGGAUGGUGAAACCGAAGGAACAGAAGAUCGCCAGGCUUCUCCAGACCCACCUAUCUGGGCUGAGAUAAUGCGGUUCUUUACUAACCCACGUAAGCCUAUGAUACUUGCACUCGCUAGGCCUGACCCUAAAAAGAACCUUGCAACUUUAGUAAAAGCAUUUGGUGAAUGUCGUCCAUUACGGGAGCUUGCCAAUCUUACUUUGAUAAUGGGUAACCGAGAUAACAUUGACGAAAUGUCAAGCACCAGUGCUUCCAUGCUUCUUUCAAUCAUUAAGAUGAUUGAUAAGUAUGAUCUUUAUGGUCAAGUGGCAUAUCCUAAACAUCAUAAGCAGAAUGAGGUACCUGAUAUCUACAGUUUAGCCGCAAGGACGAAGGGCGUUUUCAUCAAUCCGGCAUUUAUAGAGCCAUUUGGACUCACUUUAAUUGAGGCUGCAGCCCAUGGGCUACCAAUGGUUGCCACAAAAAAUGGAGGUCCUGUAGAUAUACAUCGUGUACUUGACAAUGGCUUACUUGUUGAUCCCCAUGAUCAGCAGUCAGUUGCCGAUGCCUUGUUAAAGCUCGUGGCAGAUAAGCAACUUUGGUCAAAAUGCAGGUCAAACGGGCUGAGAAACAUUCACUUGUUUUCAUGGACCGAACAUUGUAAAACUUAUCUUUCACGGAUUGCAAGUUGCAAACCGAGGCAACCGGGGUGGUUAAAAAACGAUGAUGACGAUGAUGAUAAUUCAGAACCCGAAUCACCUAGUGAUUCUUUAAGAGAUAUGCAGGAUAUAUCUCUGAACUUGAAGUUUUCAAUGGAUGGUGAUAAGGGAUAUUCUGAUAGCCCGUUUGACUCUGAAGAUAGAAAGAGUAAACUUGAGAAUGCUGUUAUGUCGAUUUCAAAGGGUAUGAUGAAAGGUGCUUCAAGGACCACGUCUGUAGAAAAACCCGACCAAGCUAAGUUCCCUGCAUUGAGAAGACGCAAGCAUAUCUUUGUAGUUGCAAUUGAUGAUGAUAAUAUCAACGGACUUUCCGAAAAUGUUAUAACGAUUUUCGAGGCUGUAGCUAAGGAGAAAAAUGAAGGUUUGAUUGGAUUUAUAUUGGCGACAUCUUUACAGAUGGCUGAAGUCCAUUCGUUAUUGGUCUCAAAAGGAAUUAAUCCUUCUGAUUUUGAUGCUUUUAUUUGCAAUAGUGGUGCCGAUCUUUAUUACACAUCUUCGCAUUCAGAAGAUAAUCCCUUUGUAUUUGACUUGUAUUACCAUUCUCAUAUUGAAUACCGGUGGGGCGGCGAAGGGCUCAGGAAGACUUUAGUCCGAUGGGCUUCUUCCAUAAUUGACAAGAAAGCUGAGAAUAAAAAACAGGAACAUGUUGUUACAGAAGACGAAUCUGUUUCAACUGACUAUUGUUAUGCUUUCAAUGUUCACAAUCCAGCACUUGUUCCUCCUGCAAAGGAACUUCGGAAGAUGAUGAGAAUUCAAGCUCUUCGUUGUCAUGUUAUUUACUGCCAAAAUGGGAGGAAGAUAAAUGUUAUUCCAGUGUUGGCUUCUCGUUCCCAAGCCCUCAGGUACUUAUAUCUCCGAUGGGGUAUGGAUUUAUCAAAAGUAGUGGUUUUCAUUGGCGAAAGUGGCGACACUGAUUAUGAAGGUUUUCUUGGCGGUGUUCAUAAAUCUGUUAUACUAAAGGGAGUUGGUGCCAAUGCUAGCAACCAGCUUCAUGCUAACAGAGUCUACCCACUUUCCGAUGUGUUUCCCACAGACAGCCCUAAUGUUAUUCAGACUCCCGAACAGUUUAGCGUUGCCGACAUUCGUGGGUCAUUGGGAAAACUUGGAGUUCUCAAAGAAUAAAGAAGCACAAUGUUCGGCUGAUGUGUUCAUCUUGUUCUUUUUGUGCAAAUUCAACAAGUUUAUACCACUUAAAAGUUAUAAUGUACAGAAGCUGGACUGCUUUUUGGAAGCGAGAAUGACCAAAUAUUCGAGGAAUAAAGCUACUAAUAAUAAUGACUUGUACUUUAUACAUUUGUUGUGCUUUUGAGCAUUUUAUAUUUUGAUAAGUUAUAGUUUAAUUGUUCAACCUUGAA